GGGGAGGAGGAGACGGGGGCUUGGAGACAGUUGCCUAGCGCGGACGGAGGAGGCGGUCUGAUGGGGACCCGGCUCAGCAUGGCCUCCUGGGCGCCUGAGCGGGCGCCGCUGGGUCUCCCCACGCUCCCCCUCUCCAAUGGCUUACACAUCCCCGUGCUGGGGCUGGGUACAUCCCAUCAAGGUGGAUAUUCCCAUGAUGCUGUGGUGUAUGCACUACAAAAAUGUGGCAUUCGUCAUAUUGAUACAGCAAAAAGAUACGGCUGUGAAUCACUCCUUCAGAAAGCUAUCAAAGAAAGUGAUGUGAAGCGAGAGGACCUCUGGAUAACUACCAAACUCUGGCAUACCGACUAUGGCUAUGAAAACACAAAACAAGCCUGCCUGGAAUCAUGCAAAAGACUUGGUGUUCAGUACCUCGAUCUUUAUUUGGUACACUGGCCCGAUGCACAAGUUCCUGGUAAAAGUAAUCGUGAGGUCCGAGCUGAAACCUGGAGAGCCAUGGAGGACCUAUAUGAGAAAGGUAUAUGUCGGUCUAUUGGUGUAAGCAAUUUUCUCAUUAAUCAUUUGGAGCAACUUAAGGAAGAUUGUAAGAUAACCCCACAUGUUAAUCAGGUUGAAUAUCACCCUUUCCAAAGGCCCCAAGAGCUGGUGGAUUAUUGUAGAAGUAGAAACAUUGUUUUUGAAGGCUACUGCCCAUUAGCCAAAGGCGAAGCUCUUACUCAUCCUAAUAUAAUUCUGCUGGCAAAGAAAUAUGGCAAAACCCCUGCACAGAUCUGUAUACGCUGGAGCAUACAGAAUGGGAUUGUCACUAUUCCAAAAUCUACAAAAAUAGAAAGGAUACGGGAAAACUGUGAGGUGUUUGAUUUUAUACUAGCAGAAGAUGAUGUUGCAAUUAUAAAUGGAAUGCAUGAUGGGCAGCAUGUUUCCUGGGACCCAAGCUCUAUUGUGUAAAUUGCAAGGUUUGAGCUUUUUUUCUUGCGUCAGUGAUCAGCCAUCCACACGCUUCAAUUUAAAUUUGUAGUCUCAUAGUAGAACGUAAUUGUUAUCUUGAUGACUAUCAGUAGUUAUAACUGAUUUAAAAUCUGUAACAUACAAAAGGAACAUUUUCUUAUGAUAAUAUUGUCAAACAGAUGUGAAAAAUUUCAGUCUAAAAUAUUGCUCUAUUGGUAAAUUGCGUAUGAUUUAUAUUGUACUUUAGUGUUUUGUGCUCUUUGGGCCUGAUCUGAAGUUCAUGGAAAGUCUCCCAUUGAUUUCAUUAGGCUUUGAACUGGACCAUUUAUACAGAAAAUAUUAGGCUACACCUCUUCUUUAGAAAUGAAAGGAAAGUGGUAUUAAUAGAAACACAUGAUUCAGUGCAAAAUGACUUGUCAGGUGAUUUUUCAGAUGACUUGUUAGGCAGAUGGUUAGAAGUGUGAAGGAGAGAAUGCUGGGUGAGAGUUAAAAAAACAAGCUGUAUUAUUAUUUGUUAUUACAGUAGGGCCUAGGAGCCCCAGUCAUGGACCAGGACCCCUCACUGUGCUAACACAGAACAAAAGAGACAGUCCCAGCCCCGGAGAAUUUACAAUCUAAGAAGUAGUGUGGAAACAGAAUUAGAAAACAGAACACAGAACAAAAAAUGUACAAGUUAAACUACUCCUGAGGCAGAUCUACUGUGGGAAUCUUAGUCAUGUGAGGGAGAGCAAUGAAGGAAUCACCAAUGCCAGGCAUAGACUCCUGUAGGAAAUAGGGAUAUCCCUAUUGACACCGUUGCAAAUAUAGGGUUUGAUCCUGCUGUCCUUAUUCAUGUGAGUGUCCAUUCAGUAGUUUUAUCUGUGUGCAUAUAGCAAGAAAGAUUCAACUCACAAUGAAAUUAAAUAAAAAAUGUACAUACACACUCUCCAGCCAUUACACAAAAGGUACAUCACAUCACCUUAUUUUCACACCCCUUGAGCCAAUUCUCUAUGGCUCACUUCUGCACUGGCUUGAACAUCCUUAGGGCCAAUCAGGCUGGUGCACAGCUAUGUGUGUGGGAUCAAGAGAUCAGGAUACCUCAUAACACAGGGUCCAGAUUUGGCCCAUAAUAUUUAAAGCACAGCCGCAAUCAUUGUCAAUAAACAGCAAAAAUGCAUAUGUCUGUUUCUUUCCUUUGCUUUUUUUAGUAACUGAAAUUUGACACAGGAGUUUGUUUUGUUUGUUUGUAACCAGCUAAUCCACUUAGCAGAAACAGGACAGAUCUAAUAUCUGCCUAAUUUCUCUUUUCUUAUUCAUACUGCAGUCAUGAGUGUUUUGUGCAGCAAGAAUUAGUUUAAUUUUCUCUUUGGUGCAGUCAUUCAGGAAAUCUCAUUCACAGCACAUACUGUUCCUUUGAUUUUUUUGCUAAAAAUGUGUACAUACCGUUUACAGAUAUAUUUUGGGAAAUAUAUUUGCAAGCUCUUAUAAACAGAACAUUCAGCAUAUAAUCACGUUGGUCUGAUAUUUUAGGAGUUCCUGUGUCUAGAAAGGUAUGGAAAAUCUGACUAUGAUUUACAUUGUGUUUAGACUUCCUGAUGCAGUUUUCCCACUGCCAUUCAGUUUUAGUUAUAUCAUGAAACAAAGCUCCUUGGUUUUUAUCAAGAACCAACUUAUAGCAAAGCAUGUGUUCUGGCCAUGCAUUGUUGUUUGUCCUUAAAGUUUAGUUUCUACACAGCUAAUUGAAAUAUAGACACAGUUUUCUUCUUGGUUAUAGCUCCUUCAGAACUAUUGGCUAGUUCUGCAAACAUUCAAGAGAAAAAUAUGCCGAGGCCUGUCUCCGAAAGUACAAUAUCAUUUGCCAGAAUUUUAAAGUAAAGCUUACUGGGUCAAAUGCUGCCCUCACUUACACCCGUACAGCUCUGUGUUCGAAGAAAGAUUUUGAACCUUCCUAACAACAAUUAAAGGCCAACUUUUCAAAAGUAGCCUCUAAUUUUGGCUGCCUCGGUUUCUAGAUGCCCAACUUUAGAUGCUUAGGACCCUGAUUUUCAGAGUUACUGAGAUCUGCAAAGUAGGCUCUAUGCACAUAAAAUUUAGACAUCCAAAAUGAGAAGCCAUUUUUUUUUUAGUUUGGGCCUAUUAGUCAUCUUCUAAGGAGGACAGGAAUGAAUUCAGUGGCAAAGUGAGCAUGGGAGAGUUCUCUGAAAGAAAGCACAAAUAAAUAUUUCUGCCAGUGAGCAUCAGCUAAUGCACCUCUGAAAAGUCAUUUUAUAGAACAAUAAGUUAGUAUAAUGGAAUUCAUUAAAGAGUAUUCAAAUUAAGCAAUAAAACAAAACAUAUUGUGCACUAAUAAGCUGUUAAUGCAUUUAUUGGGCCUCAUAUGCAUUGAGAGACAUAAGAGAACCACCCAAGUGAACCAAUACCUCCUAUUGCAAGGCUUUGCUUAUCGUCACUGGGGAAUAUUUCAAAAACUACAGGAAAUAGUUUGGAGUUUUACCAGUAGUUACUUUGAAAAAACAACCAUCAUGCCAAAAUAUUGCCUCUUUUUUCAAGCAUAGUGAUGCAUAGGAAAAAAAAAUGUGCCAGAUAUAGAAGUCUUUGCUUAGUUACAUUACUCGAGCAAAACUCCCAUUGAUGGAGUUUGUCAGAGUAAGGACCGAGGGAGCUUACUGGUGAACAGUUCUAGUUAGGCCAGAACAGGACCUAUUUUUUGCUCUCAUUCCCAGUGGUUUGUCUCACUGUUCUGAGCAACUAGAACUAAGCCAUGAUUUCAUUGUAGUGUCCUCUCCAGGCCCAUUACAAGCUGCAGUGAUCACUUCAGAGGCAAGCUUUCUUCCUGCUUCCUUGCUGUAGCUCACUAUUCACUCUUCUGAGGCUAUUGUACAUCUGACAUAGCCUCUACUUCUGCUCAAAUCUGGGGUCAAGCAAGAGAGUCCACCAUCAGCUCUCUCCCUGCCUCCAAUAGCGAUACCCAAAUGCUUAGGUGGGUAGUGGAAAGAAGUUCCCCAGGACAUGGGGACACAUCAUAGGACAAGGCAAGUAACAAAAAUUAAGAUUACUAUCCCUGAAAGAGUUAGAGGGGGGAUUUCUUUGUGAAUCUAAAUACAUUUUGUGACAGUCUCACUGUUUCCCUGUAGGGAUACAAAUAGUCAGUUUACUUCUGGUUGAGUAGGUUUUAUCACAGCUGAAAGGAACAGAAAUGUUUUUUACACCCCCAAACAUUGAAGAGGGUGAGGAGGGUUGAUCUCAGGUGUAGUACUUGAAACUGCUUUUAAUUGAUUUUUUUAAAUGGACUAGACUAGAUAUCAAGGGUAUGCCCAUUUAAUCAGCUGAACUAGUCACUAGACAUUUUAUUUCUACUGAGUGGCUUGAAUAGUAUUUAAUACCAGCUAAUCAUAAAAUCAUGCCUUCUAAAUUUACAGGCUGGUUUAUGAGAGGUUUCAGAGGAACAGCCGUGUUAGUCUGUAUUCGCAAAAAGAAAAGGAGUACUUGUGGCACCUUAGAGACUAACCAAUUUAUUUGAGCAUGAGCUUUCGUGAGCUACAGCUCACUUCAUCAGAUGUAUACCGUGGAAACUGCAGCAGACUUUAUAUACACACAGAGAAUAUGAAACAAUACCUCCUCCCACCCCACUGUCCUGCUGGUAAUAGCUUAUCUAAAGUGAUCAACAGGUGGGCCAUUUCCAGCACAAAUCCAGGUUUUCUCACCCUCCACCCCCCCACACAAAUUCACUCUCCUGCUGGUGAUAGCCCAUCCAAAGUGACAACUCUUUACAUAAUCAAGUCGGGCUAUUUCCUGCAUAGAUCCAGGUUUUCUCACAUCCCCCCCACCCCCAUACACACACAAACUCACUCUCCUGCUGGUAAUAGCUCAUCUAAACUGACCACUCUCCAAGUUUAAAUCCAAGUUAAACCAGAACAUCUGGGGGGGGGGGG